UGAGCAGCCAAUGUCCUUUCUUUCCUGUAUACUUCUCCUUCAGACAGCUUUCGUUUUCGCGGGGGAAGGUCUCGGGAGCUUGGGACGGAUCGCAGGUCUCCCUCCACCGAGGAACACGGGUUUCCCCCACCACCCUGUCAGUGGACGACACAAGCCGCGGCGGGGAGCCGGGGGAAUGAUCCCCGGGGCCAGGCUCCGGAGCGGCUGCCCGGGCUUCCUCCUCCUCCCCGCUGCUGCGGGCCGGGCCGGGCCGGGCCCGGCUGCUCCUGCCCCGCUCUCUGCCGGGGCCGGCGAUGGAUGAGCGGCUGCUGCAGGCCCUGGGGCGGCUCAGCCUGCAGCCCCGGCGGGGACGGUUCGCCGGGCGGCUGGUGCUGCUGCGCGGGCUGCCGGGCUCCGGGAAGAGCACCUUGGCCAGACAACUGAAACGUGACUAUCCUGGUGCUGUAGUUCUUAGUACUGAUGACUUCUUCAUUGAAAAUGGUGUAUACGUGUUUGAGCCUGACUUCCUAGAGGAUGCACACAAAUGGAACCAAAAGAGAGCACGCAAAGCAAUGAAGAAUGGGAAAAGCCCGGUUAUUAUUGAUAAUACCAACAUCCAUGCUUGGGAAAUGAAGCCGUAUGUGAUAAUGGCACGUGAAAACAGAUAUGAAGUUGUAUUCCAAGAACCAGAUACACCCUGGAAGUUCAAUGUUCAAGAACUGACAAGAAGAAAUACUCAUCAUGUUCCUCGACAAAAGAUACAACAGAUGAAGGAACAAUACGAGCACAACGUUACAUUCCACAGUGUUCUUCAGUCCGAAAAACCACGCCGAGAUGAAAGAAGGUCCCAUGAACCAAACGCAGCUUACAGGAUGGGUGCCCAUUCCUGCCCACCUCCAGCCCUCUCAAACAGGAGGCCUCGUGGCACAUACAAGCAAUAGGCCUUUUAACCAAAGAGGUGGAUUCCCUGGUGGGUUUUAAUUAUCAGGGUAUAAAAGUCUCUAGUUGUACAUCUUUUUCUCUAAA